AUGUCUUUAUCAUUAAUAUUAUUGUACCAAAGGUUCAGGUCUAAUGAUGUUAUCGUGUUAUUGGCAGAGAAAGCGCCUGCAAUUACACUUCCUUUUAAAGGCUCUGUUUGGUUAAACCCUAGUUUUAAAGAGGCUAAAGUAAU